AUGGCAGCAAAUGACAGCUCAGAGAUGAACAGCACUUUAAAACCCUCUGUUGUGGAUAAAGAAUAUCCCUUACCGCUCGUUGUAGGAUAUGUGAUCUUGUAUGUUGUUUUCUUCACAUUCGCCUUCUUUGGAAACAUUAUGGCACUGCUGACAUGCUACAAGAAAUACCGCACAUCACAAUCAAUUCUUCUCUGUUACAUCUCGAGUUUAGCGCUUGCAGAUCUUUUGUUUGCCAUUCUCUCCAUUUUUGACACCGUCUACUUCUUUCUGGGUGACUGGCCCGGUGGCAAUCCCGUGUGCAAAAUUCAAGGGACUCUAAUCGAGAUAUCGUACUCCGCAUCAAUACUAACCUUAGUAGCAAUCAGUUAUGAAAGAUCGCGAUCUGUCACAUCGACAAGUCUGGCCAGAAAUCGCGGUAUCGAGCAACGCACCAUAGUCAUAAAAAUUGUGUGGAUUGUGUCGGUUAUUUUAUGCGCACCUUUAUUUUACGGGUACGCGACGAAAGAAGUGAACGGUGUGCAGCUCUGUUUGAACACUAACUGGGGUGACAGCGGGAGGCAAACCUACUAUAUCCUUCAAGCAAUUUUCAUAUUCAUUUGCCCUUUAGUUUUCAUGAUUUGGGCGCAUACGAAAAUUUUGCGCGUUCUGCAAACGCACGUCAAGAACACCUCAGGAGUGGGAUCCGUCGAGUCAAAACAACACAAAGUAACGAAGAUGUUAGCUGUAGUGACCCUGGUCUUUUUUUGCUGUUGGUCUCCGUUCAUCAUCGUUCGCGCACUGCGCUACUUUUACGUCUACGAGGGAAACGAACUGUGGAAACUCACGCAACUGAUCAUAUUUGGAAAUUCGGCAGCCAAUCCAAUUUUGUACUGCUUCUACAGCGGACAGUUCCGAAGGUCUUUUAAAGAGAUUAUCAGAUGUAAAUUUGAAUUUGAAAGUCGACGUAAAAGUCGCACCAAAAGUCAUUCGACCUUCGCUUUGCACAACGUCCGUCAUAACAGCGUAAAAAGAACCGCUGCGAUAGAAAUGCAUCGUGAUUUGACGCUGAACAGCUCCACUACGGAUUUUCAGUAG